AUGACACCUUACGAAGCUUUGUAUGGUCCGAGGUGUCGUACGCCUUUGUGUUGGCAUCAAGACGGUGAGAAUCUGGUUAUCGGACCUGAGUUGGUUCAACAGACUACGGAAGAAGUGAAGCGAAUCCAGGAAAAGAUGAGGAUCUCGCAGAGUCAUCAGAAAAGUUAUGCUGACAACAGGAGAAAAGAGCUGGAAUUUCAAACUGGAUAUCAUGUCUUCUUGCGGUUGCGGAAGUACAUGGCUGAUGACUCUCAUGUUCUUGAACCCGACGACAUUCAGCUAAAGGAUUAUCUGACGAUGGUGAUGCCACCCAUCAAGAUCAUCAACAGGAGCACGAAGCGCUUGAGAAACAAGGAGGUGUCCUUGGUGAAGGUCGUGUGGAAUUAA